CUAGCCUUAUAUAUUCAACAAGUAGCUCACUUAUUUUUUCUUCUAUUAAGCCUAACUUACAACUCAAAUUCUGAAUUACAACUUCAAACACUUAUACUUCAAAAAUUUUAAACAUGGCAAAAGUUCACCCUCAUCUCUUAUUUUCUCCUUCUGCUUCGCCUUCACGUUCGUUGUCUCAAGAAGAGACCGAAAAGUUUACUGUUUGGAUGAAGUCUUUAGUACUCAAUGGCAAUGGUUGCACCAUCUAUGAUGCCACGGGCAAUAUUGUGUAUCGUAUCGAUAAUUACGACACCAAGUGUAGCAGCCAAGUUUUCCUCAUGGAUCUUAAGGGAAAAGUCUUAAGCACCUUGAUUCGAAAGAAAUUGAGAUUAAAUGAGCAUUGGUGUGGAUACAAAAACGAUAGAGUAAAAAACGAUAAGCCUUGGUUUCGAGUAAACAAGAUAAGCAAGGUUUUUAACAAGAACGGAGAUGGAUUUUCGUGUCAAGUAACAAUGGAAGACAACGAAUCUCAAGCACUUUCUUGCUUUAAAAUACAAGGGUGUGUUCAAAAAUCCGAAUUCAAAAUUAUUAGAGGAGACGGACUUGUGGUUGCGGAGGUUAAAAGAAAGCAAUCAACAAGCGGAGUAAUGUUGGGAGACGACGUAUUAAGCUUGGAAGUACAACCGAAUAUGGAUAAUGCCUUCAUUAUCUCACUUGUAGUAGUUCAUGGUUUGAUUUCUCAUAAGAUUUGACCUAUACAAACCCAUAUAAAAUUAAAUUUCUAACACCAAAAAAAAAAAAAAAAAAAAAAAAGAAUGAUCACAAAAUUUCAUACAUGAAAGAAAUGGUGUACGUAUGAUCAACUCAAUGUACAUCGUCCAUCAUAUAAGAAGAAGUGUGUGUUUGCUUGCUCGAGGGGGCGGUUUUCGAGCAUCACAACAUUCUGUGAGGAAUAAGCUAGCUACCCAUCGGCGUGUAGAUAUGUUGUACAGAAUUGAAGCUUGGAAGCAUGGAGUUUGUUCGUUCUUUCAUAACCUUAAUUAUUUUUGUAUACAAUUUUUGGCCUAAUCAAUUAGGGUUUGUGUAUAAUUUUUUAUCCUAAUGAGAAAUUGGACUUGA